AUGUUGACGUCUGUAGAGGGAAAAUCCCCCAAAAACCCCUUCACAAAAGGCGCGAAAGUGGAAGCCAGCCUAGACGAGGAAGGCUUCCGCGGCUCCUGGUACACCGCCACCGUGCUCCGCCCCCCGCCGAAGAGGAUCUCCACCACCACCCGCAUUCCCCUCCUCUUCGACACCCUCAUCACCAAAGGCGACGGUGAGGAGUCCGCCGCCGCAGAGCCCCUCCGCGAGAGCGUCCGCCUCAUACUCGUACGGCCCGUCCCGCCGCGCGAAUCGCGCCGGAGCUUCCGCGUCAGCGAGGACGUCGACGCCUUCCACAACGACGGCUGGUGGGAGGGCGUCGUGGUCGCCGUCCUCGGCGAAGACCGAUACUCCAUCUUCUUCCGAUCCUCGCGCGAGCAGAUCGAUUUCCACGAAUCUCAGCUCCGCCUCCACCGCGAGUGGGUUCACGGGGAGUGGGUCCCGCCUCUGGAGGCUCAUGCUGGCGCUCCGGUGCAGCUGGCUCCACCCAAAUAA